AUGAUCACCGACAAUGGCACACCUUUUGUUAACAAGCAAGUAGGUUCAACCCUUAGUGGGUACGAUAUCAAGCAUCGUCGCUCUACGCCUUAUUACCCACAGGGAAACGGUCAAGCAGAAGCUACCAAUAAGACGAUAUUGAGGAUUCUAAGCAAGAUGGUAUAUGAGUAUCAAGGAGGCUGGAGUGUUCACCUGCCGGAUGCUUUGUGGGCUUAUCGCACCUCACCAAGGAGCGCUACAGGUUUUUCACCUUACUCACUUGUGUAUGGAUCUAAGGCUAUUUCACCCGUGGAAAUCACCAUCCCGACAGCCAGGAUAGCAGCUGUCAAUGAUCUUGAAUGGGAUGCAAAGACAUGCUCAUAUUGGCGUUUGCUAGAUCUCGAAGCAGUUGAUGAUAAAAGGAUGGAAGCUGAAAGAAGGAUGGCACUCUACAACAAGAUUGUUGCCCAAGCCUAA